GCUAUGCCUGGGACCAUGAUGCCCAGACACUAAAUGGUUCUCUCUCGUAUUCCUCACCAUCGGAACCCGUGUAGGGCACAAAGCGAUUACUCUGGCCGUGGCGCUGCUGGCAUGGCUGCGGGAGUGAGCAGUCGGGGAUCCUCUGAAUACAGUGAAGGCCGAGGUGGUCAAGCAGCUGCAGGGCAGUUUGUCAGUAGUGUAUAUGCUGCUGGUGGACGAGGGCAGUCAGACUGUGGUCGAGGGGCUGGUCAGGCAUAUGGCACACAGCUGGCAUAUGGAGCUUCAGGAGCAGGGCGCUCCGUCCCUGUUGUGAGUGGAGCCGCGUAUGGGAGCCAGAAGGCACAAGGAGGUGCUUAUAGCAGCCCAGCAGGAGGGCGUGCCUAUGGGGGUGGUACUCAUAGUGGUGUUCCACAAGGCCAGCAAUACGGAUCUGGUACUCAGCAGAGCGGAUAUGGUGGUGUCGCGUUGCCACCUGGUAGAGACUACUCAGCUAAUCGGAGUGCAGGAAACAAAGACCAAUCUCAUGGAAGCAGCAGGGCCCAGGAAAGUACAAGCCGGUCAAACUUGCUCUCACGUCAUGAUGACCGCAGGGAUGAUCGAAGCACAAGGAGAGACACAGGGAGAGACACAGGGAGAGACACCGGGAGAGAAACAGGGAGAGAUGCAGGGAGAGACUCAGGGAGAGACUCAGGGAGAGACUCAAGGAGAGACACAGGAAGAGACACAGGGAGAGACACAGGGAGAGACACAGGGAGAGACAGAGAUGCUGAUGAGCGAAGAAGAGAUGAUGACAGGCGUCGGGACACUCAUAGAGAUCACCGGGAUGCAAGGGAUAGGAGAGAUGAUGAGCGUCGGAAGAGGGAGAGCCCUCCAAGAGGAGCACGUGAUAGGAAGGAUUCACCACCAAAACGUGAUGACAGGAGUGCAACGAAGGAGUCCCCACGCCGUGAUCUGACACAUAGCUCCAUGGGGGAGCUGCAUUCCCGGUCCACACUGCAGCUGCAGCACGAUCUGAGCCACAACGUGAAGAUACUUGCAGCAGCUGUCAAGGUCGCGGACAACCAGUUGAAACAGCUGGACGCACGCAUUGCUACCUUGGAGGCAAGGCCUCCACAAGCAGCGCCAGGCUGCACGCCAGAUAUGACAGACACAACGAAGCAGCUCAAUGGGCGCAUCGAUCAUGUCGUCAAUCUCAUCGGCGACAUAGGUGUUUUCAAUGGGCCGGACACGAUCAGUAGCUUGGUGGCCGCCAUCAAGACGGACAUCACCAAGCUGCAGACGAAACCAGACGCCACUACGAAGAACUACAAGAUGCCACACUUCGACAUCAGCAAGUUCGACGACCAUAACAAGACGGACGCUUUGGCAUGGUGGCAACGUUUCCUCACGGAAGCAUCAUGCCGCACUGUCCCGGACGACUAUCUGAUGAAGGCGUUAUACUUACAGCUGAUUGGAGGAGCGCAGGCAUGGAUGAACCAUCUGGCGGCUACCCACACAUGCACCAUCGCCGAACUUCACACGCACAUUACGUGGAAGGAUUUCGAGAAGCUAUGGUUCACCCGGUUCAUGGUCCGCAACGUCGUGAAAGCGGCCAUGAACGAGGUGUACACCUGCUCUCAAGGAAGUAUGCCAACUCGAGACAGGACAACCAAGUGGCAGAAGAUAGUGACCACGCCUGGCUUCGAUUUGACUUUUCCUAAUCAACGAUCCGAGUUCUUCUCGCGAUCAUGCGCAGGAUUGCGGUCGGCACUCGGUAACGAGUACGACUAUACCUCGUUCCAGGCUAUCCUGGAUCGCGCAAACCUAGUCAUCCAAACGGACGACAAGGCCGCUAACGAGAAACAAUCCCAGCCGCAUUAUGUGGCUAAGCAGGGCUAUCAACGCCCGACACAUAACAAUGUCGUGAUUUCUGAAGAAACAGACGAUCUCCACGCUGCAGCAGCAUCCUCGAGUGAUGGAGGAAUUGUAGCAGCGCUCCCGCCGAAGCGUCCUAAGAGGGUCCGGAAACCCAAGGCGACACAAGAGACGACAUCGACGAGAACUGGGCAGCAACCAUUUACGUCAUACAAGAUAACCAAGGAAGUAUAUGACCUGCGUCAAUGAAUUCGCGACGCCAUUGCUCGGAAUGACGUCGAGGAGAUGGGCCUUGUAUUCUUGCAUGCUCUCCCCUCGCCGGACGAAUCAGCCGCGUCACCGCCGGACCCACGCAUUUCUCACCUCUUGGACGAAUAUAGAGGCGUCUUCGAGGCUCCCACCGGAACGGUUCCGGAUCGGCCCAUACGUCACGGGAUCACUCUCGAGGUUGGUGCCGUCCCUCCGCGUGGAUGUAUCUACCGCAUGAGCGAAGAGGAACUCGAGGUGCUUCGCGCACAACUCGAUGACCUUCUCGAGAAGGGCUGGAUUCGCUCUAGUUGCUCGCCAUACGGUGCMCCUGUUCUCUUCGUCCGGAAGAAGAACAAAGAUCUACGGUUAUGCAUCGAUUAUCGGAAACUUAACACACAAACCGUAAAGAACGUCGGCCCUCUCCCUCGGAUUGAUGAUCUUCUUGAGCGGUUAGGCGGCGCGACGUACUUCUCAAAGUUGGACUUAAAGUCAGGUUACCACCAGAUUGAAAUCCAGCCUCAAGACCAGUACAAGACCGCGUUCAAGACGCGGUACGGGCAUUUUGAGUGGGUUGUCAUGCCUUUUGGCCUCACCAAUGCCCCCGCGACUUUCCAAGCAGCAAUGACGACCGAGUUUCGCGACUUGCUCGAUCGCAGCGUCCUCAUCUACCUUGAUGACAUCUUGGUUUACAGUAGGACAUUGGACGAGCACAUCGUACACCUUCGCGUUGUUCUGGAUCGUUUGCGACUAGCCAAGUACAAAGCGAAUCUCGACAAGUGCGAAUUCGCCAAGCAAGAGCUUGAGUACUUGGGUCAUUUUGUCACGCCGAAAGGCAUUCGUCCCUUAGCGGACAAGAUCCAAGCCAUCGUGGAUUGGGCGGAACCCCGUUGUACGACGGAUGUAUGCUCUUUCAUGGGUUUGGCUGGAUACUAUCAGCGAUUUGUCGAGUCAUUCUCGAAAGUGGCCGCUCCUUUGUCGAGACUUCAGUCCCCGAAGCAAUUAAAGCCGCCGAAGAUGGGACCUACUGUGUGGAAUGCUAAGGUUAUGUUGAUGAGUGGACUGGACGAGAAUGCGCAGAAAGAGCUGCUCAGUGAUAAGGCUGGCGAUGAGAAGAUAUUGCACCUCCAUAAAUUGAUUGGAUUUGUUGCUCUGCGCAAGGAGAGAGAGCGCAGUGCAAUCAUGAGUGUCGGUGGCACAUGGGACAAGGAGCUAGAUGGUGGGGAUCCUGCGGUCGAUGAUAACGUGCUCAUCAGAACUGCAAUCAGGUGCACAAAGGAGAUGACUCAGGUGGAUCUCAGUGAUUGCACGAGUUGGGCUCGGUUCAUGGAGGUCCAUUAUGAGAGGGCUGCUGAGGAUGGUGGCCCUAGCCACAAGGAGAUCACUGUUAUGUAUAUUCCGGACGUACACAAAUGCUUACCAAGCGUGGAAAGGUGGAAGGAAAUAUGGAAUGAUAAGCAAGAAGCAAAAAGGAGGAGGGAAGCUGAGUCCAAGCGGUUGAUGAUAUACAAGUCGUCAAAGAUGCGGUCAAUGAGCAUCUCCUUAGACGGCCUUCUGGAUUAUGUGGAGGAGGAUCGAGAAGAGUGUACCUUUGAGCUGUCUCUUUUUGCGGAGCUUUUCCAGGAGAUGCUUCAAAGAAAAUUUGGAACGGCCAUAUACAACUCCUUGGUGGCUUUGCGUGAAGGACUUCGUUACAAGAGAACGGAGGAAAGGAAGCGCACUCGAGACAGGAGGGACGAUGGACAACCAGGAGGGGGUAGGAAAAAGACCAAGUUCGACAUUGAGCCAAUGGAUGAGGUUAAAGCUGAUGGGAAAACUGAUAAGACAGGGAAGGCAGAGAAGGACGACAAGACAGAGAAUAGUGGAAAAGCUGACGAGAACCUGGAAGAUGUUGGCACCCAAGAGAAUGGUUCGGUGGGUGCAGAGAAUGCAAAGGAAACAGACAAAAUAAAGGAUACAGAUGUAGAGAUGUCAGACACCGCAAUGGACCUUCAGAAGGAGGAGGAGAAGAAAAAGGAUGAAAAGAAAGAGAGGGAACUCCCACCAAAGGUGGAGACCAGGCAUGUUGUUGAUUAUGAGCUCCAAAAGGCUUAUUACUACUUCGACAGGAACCGAGUUGGGUAUCUCAAGCUGGACGACCUCAGGCGGCUGCUGCACGCCCUCGGAUUAUUUUUGUCACACAGAAAUAUCAAGGUAAGCUCCGAGCAUGACGAUCCUUCACCCCUAAGGGCCUACCCAGUGUAACCCUGUUUCUGUUAUGAUUCUUUUUUUUUUCAAGUGUUUCUCUUAUGAUUCUUUUUUUUUGAAGUUUUUCUCUUCUGAUUCUGUUUUGUCUUCCUGACAAGAGUUUGGUUAGCCUUUGCGCACAGACGACACGCAUAAACUGACAAAUGGUCCAAAAAAAAAAAAAAAAAAAAAAAACUUUAAAAAGAAGAAGAAUAAGAGAGAGACAGCCAUGGUAAUGAGGGUAUGCGCAAUCCUCACAGAUAACUCGUACUUGAACAACAGGGAUAAGGCGUACCAAAAUGCG